UCUUUGCAUCUGUCUACAUCUACUAGCUUCCACCUUUUGUUGUGGCAAUGGGUUGUGUUUCAUCUAAUUUGCUGAACCGGGACGACGAGUUCACUCAACUCGGUAGCACAGCACUCGGUCACCACAUUGUUUCGCUUACUUCCACCACCUAUGGGCUACUCACUCUUGACCCACCGUCGCAAUCCACCGCUACGCCGCCCUCUCCAGAGCCAUCUGUCACCUCCGAAUCCACCUUCAGUGAGUCCAAAUCGCUCUGGUCAGAGCCCAGACUCGUCCCUGCCCGACCCGAGAUCAUUAACUCCUGGGAGCUCAUGUCCGGACUCGAUACCAAUAGCUUCCGUUUCUCUCAAAGCGGCAGCGUUCCAAAGCCGCGGGUCUCACGAUCUUCGCUGCUGGAUAAAUUCCAGGCCGAGAGCUUCUGUUUCCCAAACACAAUGCUCCCCGAAAAGGAAAACGCCGAUCCUAAUUUAAACAAAAAAGGCACCGUCACGAAGACUCAUUUUUCGAGUUCUCCACCGCUAAACAAAUACGAUCCCGGAAGUGAAGCUAUUCUGAAACCAGCGCCGCUCGACAAAUUCGAGAAUAUAUGUCCACCAAACGGAGAAAACAGAGUGGUGCUUUAUACGACGACGUUGAGGGGAAUCCGUAAGACAUUCGAAGACUGCAAUGCGGUUAGAUCAGCGAUUGAAAGCUACGGGGUUGUUUUUUGCGAGCGGGAUAUUUCGAUGGAUCGAGGCUUCAAGGAAGAGUUACGGGAAUUAUUAAAAGGGACAAACCAAGCGACGCUGCCUCAGGUUUUCAUUAAGGGGAGGCACGUUGGGGGAGCGGAGGAAGUCAUGAGGAUGGUGGACCAAGGUUGUUUUGGGGAUUUAAUUAAGAGUUUGCCGAAGAAAAGAGCUGGGGAGGUUUGUGAUGGCUGUGGGGAUGUGAAAUUUUUGCCCUGCUUUCGGUGCAACGGUAGCUGUAAGAUGGCGGUGGUGGCACAAGAGUCGGAGAGGAACAUGGCGGUGGUCAGGUGUACGGACUGUAAUGAGAACGGUUUGGUCCGUUGCCCCAUUUGUAGCUGAAUCACUUUCUGUUCUAAUAUCCAAGUGUUUGAUUGUAUGUUCAGCUGAUUCAUCUUAUAGGCUGCAAUCUCUUUUUGAUC